UAUCAUGAAAAGCAACCAAACCUGCCAUUUCUCUCAUGAGGAGACAACAAAUAGACAUUCAGAACAAGACAAUUCUUAUUUUGAAGAAGAUGACGAGAGUCCAAGAUAUGACAGCAUUUUUGCUACCAAAUGUAUCCUUGACGAAAAAAUAGACAAAUGAUACAAGAUUGGAACUCUUUUGGAAUCAUAAAUUCAUGACUUUUAGAAAGUGUUUGGGCAAAGAAGGUUCUUCAGGGUCAAAUCUUGCCUGACUUAGAUUGUUUCAAAAGAGAGAAAAUUUCCACCCAAGAUCAUUUUGAAGGAACAAAAAUUAAAACAAAACCAGAAUGAAAUAGCUCAUGCGAGGGCCCAACUAAAUCAACUAUUGUUAAUUCAAGUCGAGAGAAAAUUCAAGAGCUGAAAGAAAAGAUUUUUAAGGUAACAAAAACUCCUCAAAUUUUGAAACGACUAAAUCAAAGAAAACUAAAGCAAAGAUCUGAUUCAAAAAUUAAGAGUGCUUUGCGGUUUAUCAAAAGGUUCAUCAAGAAGUUUUUUAAGACCAUGAACUCCCAGAUUAUUGAAAGAAGAUAUGUGAACUGAAGCCCUAUCAAGAUCUUUGAAACUAUGAGGUCUACCUUAUCAAACAUCGUAUCUGAAGAACUCCUUGUAGAUGACUUAGUCUAUUUCACAAUUGGAAUUCUCAAGAUAAAGAAGCCAUUUCAAUUAGACUGCAAACAAACGAUUAGAAAAGAGAUAUCUGACUUCAUUGAAAUGAGUGCCAAUUUCACAUACAAGAAAAUGCAAAGGGCAUUACAGUCUAACUACUUGAGAGUUUUAUGAAGGAGCAUCUUACCACAAGUUGAUAGAUCGAUUGCAGAGACUUUGGAGCAAGUAUUAAAUUUUGAAUAAAGAUUUUACAUCAAAUCUCUUCAUAACCUCAUUGUCUGAAGCAAGUUUCAUUGAAGGAAUA